AAAUAUUUUGGUUAUUUUUAAUUUUAUACUUCUUUGGAAUUUGUAGAUAUUUAUCACCAUAAGUUUUUGAUAUAAUUUCAUUUGUCUUUUGAAAUACCAUAUAUAUUGUGAUUAUCCUUAAACCCACGCAAAAAGUUUCAUUAAGUUUAGGAAGUGUUUUAUAGUUGUAGCUUACAAUCGAUACUCAACUCUUAAUAAUACAUUCUAUCGACAUCAAGCAGUCUCAGCGAUUGUCGGCACUUGUUAAGUUUAUGUCAAGUUUUUCUAAUUGAUCACUCAAAUAAUGUCAACUUUAGGCGUUCCGUUAUCGGUUGGAGGCACAAGACAAUCAGGAGCUCCAGUCAGAACCCAAAAUGUUAUGGCGGCAUGCUCCAUUGCAAAUAUUGUCAAAAGCUCCUUGGGUCCACUCGGAUUAGACAAAAUGCUGGUUGAUGAUAUUGGGGAUGUCACCGUUACUAAUGAUGGAGCUACAAUUCUACGACUGCUUGAGGUAGAUCAUCCUGCUGCAAGGGUUCUUGUCGAUCUAGCUCAGCUUCAAGAUGAGGAGAUUGGUGAUGGGACAACUUCUGUGGUCAUCAUUGCAGCUGAACUUUUGAGGAAUGCAGAUGAAUUGGUCAAACAGAAUAUUCAUCCAACUUCUAUCAUCAGUGGUUACAGACUUGCUUGCAAGGAAGCUCAGAAGUAUAUUCAAGAACAUCUGUGCGUCAGUGUUGAAGAAUUGGGAAAAGAUUCUAUCAUAAAUAUUGCAAAAACUUCCUUGUCCAGCAAAGUUAUUGGAAUUGAUGAUGACUUCUUUGCAACCAUGGUAGUCGAAGCUGCACAGGCUGUAAAAGUUAGUGAUAGCAAAGGAAAAGCUACCUAUCCUAUUAAAGCUAUAAACAUUUUGAAAGCCCACGGCGGAUCAGCUAAAGAAAGCAUUUUGGUUAAUGGAUAUGCCCUUAAUUGCAUGGUUGCAUCAAUGGGAAUGACUAAGCGAGUAGAAAAUGCUAAAGUUGCUUGUCUCGAUUUCUCUUUACAAAAAACGAAAAUGAAAUUAGGUGUAGAAGUUUUAGUAGAAGACCCUAAUCAGUUAGAAGCGAUUAGAGAUAGGGAAGCUGAUAUUACAAAAGACAGAAUUCAAAAAAUUCUUAGCGUUGGAACCAAUGUAGUUCUUUUGAGUGGGGGCAUUGAUGACAUUUAUAUGAAAUAUUUCAUCGAAGCAAAUGCUAUGGUGGUAAGGAGGGUUAAAAAAGCUGACUUAAAACGAAUCGCUAAAGCAACUGGUGCCUCUUUUGCAACAUCCCUAACUAAUAUGGAAGGUGAAGAAUCAUUUGAUGCUAGCUUAUUAGGAGAGGCCGCUGAAGUGUCUCAAGAAAGAAUUUGUGAUGAUGAGCUUAUCCUUGUUAAAGGUCCAAAAGCACACUCAGCUGCCUCCAUAAUCCUCCGUGGACCUAAUGAUUAUUUCUGUGAUGAAAUGGAAAGAUCAAUUCAUGACUCAUUGUGUGCAGUAAAACGGGUUCUCGAAAGUAAAACAGUUGUGGCUGGUGGUGGAGCUGUUGAAGCUGCUUUAUCAAUCUAUUUGGAAAACUUUGCCACAUCUUUAAGUUCAAGAGAACAGUUGGCAAUCGCUGAGUACGCUAAAUCACUAUUGGUAAUUCCCAAAAUACUUGCGGUCAAUGCAGCUCUUGAUUCGACUGAUUUAGUUGCUAAAUUGAGAGCCUACCACAACACCAGCCAGACGAAAAAAGAUCAUGCUCACCUGAAAUGGCAUGGACUUGAUUUGUAUGGAGGUGCAGUGAGAGACAACAAAAAGGCUGGUGUCCUUGAACCAACUAUUUCAAAAAUCAAGUCCUUGAAAUUCGCCACUGAGGCUGCCAUCACGAUUCUUCGAAUAGAUGACCUCAUCCGUCUGGAAGCUGAGAAAAAAGAUCAUCAAGGCCAUGGGGAUAUGAACUAACAUCCAUGUCCUAAAUUAUGCUUUGUUAAUUUAAUUUACUUUAUUAACGUAACUUCUUUUCACUUGAUUCUGCCAUUAAUUAAUAAACUACUUAAAUUAAGUACCGAACAAGUAAUCUAGUUAUCAUUUUCUAAAAGAAAUAAAUUAAGAAUAUUUUUUAAUUUUGCACCUUAAAUAAAGUGCCUCAACUAAUAC